GAUGUUGCAUCUCCUACUUCCGUUGCUGCUGUUCAUCUCCAACGUUGUACGAUCACACUCAGCCAUCAUCGAGAGCCUGCCGGGUUUCACCGGAGAUCUUCCCUUCAAACUCGAAACCGGAUACGUAGGGGUAGGAGAGUUGGAGGAAGUGCAGCUAUUUUACUACUUCCUAGAGUCUGAAAGGAGCCCCAAGGAUGACCCUUUGUUGCUUUGGCUCGCCGGCGGUCCCGGUUGCUCCGCUUUGUCCGCCCUGCUCUUCCAAAUAGGUCCGUUGCAGUUUGAUUAUUCAAAUUCCAGCGGAAAUAAACCGUUAUUGAAAUUAAAUCCCUAUUCUUGGACGAAGAUAGCCAACAUUAUAUUUUUGGAUGCACCUGUGGGUACGGGAUUUUCAUACGCAACGACAGGGAGAGCAUACAAUAGUAGUGACACUUCCUCGGCAGCACAAACGUAUGAGUUCUUAAGAAAGUGGCUUAUGGCUCAUCUCAAAUUCCUCACAAAUCCGCUUUACAUCACCGGUGAUUCUUAUUCCGGUGUUGUCGUUCCCAUCAUCGUUCAAGAAGUAUACGAUGGAAAUGAAGCUGGACGCGAGCCCCCACUGAAUCUCAAAGGUUAUGUGCUAGGUAACCCGGUGACUUGCCAAGAAAAGGACAUCAGUCAAAGAGUUCGAUACGGGCACGAAAUGGCUCUCAUUUCAGAUGAACUUUAUGAGUCAACGAAAACGGACUGCAAUGGAGAUUAUAUGAACGUAGAUCCCACCAAUGGAGCGUGUCUAGCUGACCUUGAAAUGGUAUCAAGUUGCCUGGAGAAGAUUUGUUUGCCUCAUAUAUUGGAACCGAAAUGUAAUGUCAUUUCUCCUAACCACACAAGGCUGAAAUGGAGCAGGGCUAUACUCGAAGAGAAUAUCGUCGACAUCGUUUCGAUGUCCCAACAAUCCAAGCCGUGGUGUCGGGACUAUAAUUAUUUGUACUCCUACAUUUGGGCCAACGAUAUGAAAGUCCGUGAAGCCCUUCACGUACGAGAGGGCACGAAGAAAGAGUGGAACAGAUGCAACCACAGCCUAUCUUACACAAUGGACGUUCUUAAUAGUGUAGUUUAUCAUAGAUACCUCUCUAAGAAAUCCCUCCGUGCCCUAAUUUACAGUGGUGAUCAUGACUUGGGCAUCCCAUACGUGGGUACACUGGACUGGAUAAGAUCACUUAACUUAACUUUACUUGGUUUGUGGUCACCUUGGUUUGUCGAAGGUCAAGUAGCCGGUUACUCUAUUGCAUAUGUGGAAAAUCAUUGGUAUGAUUUAACAUUUACAACAAUCAAGGGAGGGGGGCACACAGCUCCGGAGUAUAAACCCGAAGAAUGUCUUGCAAUGAUUAAUAGAUGGCUUUCUUAUUACCCUCUCUAG